GGCGCGCUGGGCUGACAGGCGGCGGCGGCGCGCUUGCGACAGCAGGUUCCCGCGGAGGCCUGCCCUCACUCCAGCCCUCUGCAGCCCGCCACUGCCAGCUGUCACCGGGUUGCCCACGGAGGAUGCAGAUGUGGAUGGAGACUGCUUCCUGGGGCCCUGGCUUUACUCAGAGGUGAGCCCAGGCCAGUAUGGGGGAGCCCAGGGACCUUUGCCCUCACCUGGACUCAAUUGGGGAGGUGACCAAAGAAGACUUGCUGCUCAAAUCUAAGGGGACCUGCCAGUCAUGCGGCGUUACCGGGCCGAACCUGUGGGCCUGUCUCCAGGUCUCCUGCCCCUAUGUUGGCUGUGGAGAAUCCUUCGCCGACCACAGCACCAUUCACGCACAGGCAAAAAAACACAACCUGACUGUGAACCUGACUACCUUCCGCGUGUGGUGCUACGCCUGUGAGAAGGAGGUGUUCCUGGAGCAGCGGCUGGCGCCCCACCCACCAGGACCCUCGCCCAAGUUCUCAGAACAGGACCCCCCACCACACCCCCACCCUCUGAAAGCCGUCCCUAUUGCCGUGGCUGACGAAGGGGAGUCUGAAUCAGAAGAUGAUGACCUGAAACCUCGAGGCCUCACGGGCAUGAAGAACCUGGGAAACUCCUGCUACAUGAAUGCGGCCCUGCAGGCCCUGUCCAACUGCCCUCCGCUGACUCAGUUCUUCUUGGAGUGUGGUGGCCUGGUGCGCACGGAUAAGAAGCCAGCCCUGUGCAAGAGCUACCAGAAGCUGGUCUCCGAGGUCUGGCACCGGAAACGCCCAAGCUAUGUGGUGCCCACCAGCCUAUCCCAUGGGAUCAAGUUGGUCAACCCGAUGUUCCGAGGCUAUGCCCAGCAGGACACCCAGGAGUUCCUGCGCUGCCUGAUGGACCAGCUGCAUGAGGAGCUCAAGGAGCCUGUGGUGGCGGCAGCCAUGGCGCUGGCAGAGUCCCGGGACUCGGACUCGAGUGACACAGAUGAGAAGCGGGAGGGUGACCGGAGCCCAUCAGAGGACGAGUUCCUGUCCUGCGACUCGAGCAGUGACCGGGGGGAGGGCGACGGGCAGGGCCGCAGUGGGGGUGGCUCGCCGGCUGAGACGGAGCUGCUGAUCCCGGACGAGGUGGGCCGCGCCAUCUCCGAGAAGGAGCGCAUGAAGGACCGCAAGUUCUCCUGGGGCCAGCAGCGCGCCAACUCCGAGCAGAUGGACGAGGACGCUGACGUGGACACCACCAUGGCCGCCCUGGACCAGCCCGUGGAGGCUCAGCCACCAUCCCCCCAGUCCACCAGCCCCUGCCGGACGCCAGAGCCGGACAACGAGGCCUACAUGCGCUGCGCCUCUCGCCCCUGCAGCCCUGUCCACCACCACCAUGAGGGCCAUGCCAAGCUGGCCAGCAGCCCUCCUCGCGCCAGCCCCGUGCGGAUGGGGCCGUCAUACGUGCUCAAGAAAGCCCAGGUGCUGAGUGCUGGCAGCCGGAGGCGAAAGGAGCAACACUACCGCAGUGUCAUCUCCGACAUCUUCGACGGCUCCAUCCUCAGCCUCGUGCAGUGUCUCACCUGUGACCGGGUGUCUUCCACAGUAGAGACUUUCCAGGACCUGUCACUGCCCAUUCCUGGCAAGGAGGACCUGGCCAAGCUCCACUCGGCCAUCUACCAGAAUGCUCCAGCCAAGCCAGGUGCCUGCGGGGACAGCUCUGCUGCCCAGGGCUGGCUGGCCUUCAUCGUGGAGUACAUCCGCCGGUUCGUGGUAUCCUGUACCCCCAGCUGGUUUUGGGGGCCGGUCGUCACACUGGAAGACUGCCUUGCUGCCUUCUUUGCUGCUGAUGAGCUGAAGGGUGACAACAUGUACAACUGUGAACGAUGUAAAAAGCUGCGCAAUGGGGUGAAGUACUGUAAGGUCCUGCAGCUGCCUGAGAUCCUGUGUAUUCACCUGAAGCGCUUUCGGCACGAGGUGAUGUACUCAUUCAAGAUCAGCAGCCACGUCUCCUUCCCGCUGGAGGGGCUCGACCUGCGCCCCUUCCUCGCCAAGGAGUGCACGUCCCAGAUCACCACUUACGAUCUGCUCUCGGUCAUCUGCCACCACGGCACGGCAGGCAGUGGCCACUACAUCGCCUACUGCCAGAAUGUCAUCAACGGCCAGUGGUACGAGUUUGAUGACCAGUAUGUCACUGAGGUUCACGAGACGGCGGUGCAGAACGCCGAGGCCUACGUGCUCUUCUACAGGAAGAGCAGCGAGGAGGCCGUGCGCGAGCGGCAGCAGGUGGUGUCACUGGCCGCCAUGCGGGAGCCCAGCCUGCUGCGCUUCUACGUGUCCCGGGAGUGGCUCAACAAGUUCAACACCUUCGCGGAGCCUGGGCCCAUCACCAACCACACAUUCCUCUGCUCCCACGGAGGCAUCCCGCCCAACAAGUACCACUACAUCGACGACCUGGUCGUGAUCCUGCCCCAGAACGUCUGGGAGCACCUCUACAACAGGUUUGGGGGCGGUCCCGCCGUGAAUCAUCUGUAUGUGUGCUCCAUCUGCCAGGUGGAGAUCGAGGCACUGGCCAAGCGCAGGCGGAUCGAGAUUGACACCUUCAUUAAGCUGAACAAGGCGUUCCAGGCCGAGGAGUCGCCCGGCGUCAUCUACUGCAUCAGCAUGCAGUGGUUCCGGGAGUGGGAGGCCUUCGUCAAGGGGAAGGACAAUGAACCCCCUGGACCCAUCGACAACAGCAGGAUCGCACAAGUCAAAGGAAGCGGCCACAUCCAGCUGAAGCAGGGGGCUGACUAUGGGCAGAUUUCUGAGGAGACCUGGAGCUACCUGAGCAGCCUGUACGGCGGCGGCCCGGAGAUCGCCAUCCGCCAGAGCGUGGCCCCACUGCCGGACCCCGAGAGCCUGCACGGGGAGCAGAAGAUUGAGGCUGAGACCCGGGCCGUGUGACUUGGGGGCCCGUCUGUAAGUCUCCCCCAUCCUCCAGAGACCCUCUGGCGUCCCUCUGAGUGUGGAAGAGCACGUCCUGCACAGCCACCCCCCGGGCUGUGGGGGGGCCCCGGCUGUCCCCACAGGCCCACCUGGGCCCUCCCCCUUGCGGAGGGUGUUUGUGCCUGGAAGACAGGCAGCCGCUUGGGGAGCCGGCCUGUGAAAGGUGGGAGAGUGGUUUCGGUUCGCAGCGGGGAGCGCCGCGACCAGGCAGUUCCUGCACAGGUGGCUGUCGCGGCGGCCCCAGCUCUGUGACCUUAGCUCCGGCCCCUGUCCUGGCAGUGCCCCCCCGUCACGGGCAUCGCUCCCCAGAUCGGCCGUCGCGCUCCUCAGGGGCUGUGACCGGGCGUGCCUGUUGCUUCCCCGCCAGCGCCUGGGGCCUCGUGCAGCCCGAGGCUCCCGUGUAGAUGGGCGGAGCGGGUGGAGCAGCCCGGGGUGCGGCCCCCGCUUGCGUCACCGCCGACUCCUCCUGAGGGUCUCCCCGCACCUCCGGGUGUCCCAGAGGCUCCUGCCCUCAGAGUUUCCUGCAGGCUCAGGACUCCUUCGUGGCGGGCACCCAGGAGCGGGCGCGGGUUCCUGUCAGCGGGGCUGUUUGUGCCCCUCGCCCUGUGCUGCUGAGCGGCCCGCGGCCGGGCUGACCGCGCCGCACCCGGGGAACCGGAUGAUGACACAGAAAUACCUCCUGUUGCUCCCGUUUGCUCACUCGCGCAGUUUCGGGGGGCUGGUACCAGAGAAAACGGACUCCUCCUCUCUCCCCAGCAUUGUCUGGAGCCGGGGCCGGGGUGGGGCGGCGCUGGGCAGCUCCCACACGUCGGUCCCGGCAGUGUGUGGUCCGGAUGCGGAUGGAGGCCUUCUGGCCGCAGGAGCCGCCGCGGGUGGCACCAAAGCCCCGGGAUGAGACUGCAGGGGACGCACCUCCUGAGCACCCAUGCCGAGGGGGCUGGGGACGGGGUCCUGGGACCAAACCCCCAAACUACGGUGGCCUUCAGUCUCCGCAGAAGCGGAUGUCGGGAUCCCCGCAGGCGGCUCUGGUGGAGCCUGAAGCUCUUGCAACGCGCCGCUCGCGUCUGCGAUCCGGUUCCUUCCCCACAAGGCAGCGAGUGGAGCGGAGAACAAGCCCCCGCUGGAACCCCUGGACCUCCAUGACCUCUGCCCCAGCAGCCAGCGGCUCCCCUCGCAGACCUCUCCCAGAAGCGGGGAUGUCCCCGUCUGCGCCGGCUUGUUUGUGUUGAGAAUGUCACAAUAAACCCGCAGGCUCCCCUUGCUGCCCCGGCUCCAGCUCA